CGUCAAACAAAAUACAUGUAGCUCAUGACUCGAUACCCAGCACAUUUGUCGGCACCAAUGGAAUAUAGAGUGUCUUUCCAGUACUCCUUGCAUCACGGAUUCUUCUAUUUCUCAACUUAGUCCUCUCUCAAUAGUUCGCAGACAAUAACCACGCUAUGCACGCCGCGCGUGUGCGGCUGCUGAAUAUUAGAGGUGGAGCGUACUCUGGACUACGAACACACAACCACUGUUGUAGGACAGCGUAUGCCUGGAAGUUCAAUCAUGUCGACAAAUGCCCACAAGUCAGGGUUAGUCCGCUCCUCCAGCGAAGGAGCUUGGCUGGCCUUGCUUUGCCUGUGUUCCUUCUCCCACCGGUCUUUUUCGUUGGUCUUGUCGUGACACUUUGGACUUAUAAGAGCUUUAUGAUGGUUCUAUUUCAAAAUAAGAUUAUUUAUAUGCGAAAUCUACCGCCACUGUCGCGCCAGGAGAAAGUCGAAAGCUACACCAAUCAAUGCCAUCCCGUAAGGUGGAUCGAGCGUCAAACCAGAGCAAGUGAUGGAACACUAUUGGCCGUCCUUCAGGGUGCAGUCGAUUUAAAGAGACAUACAGAAAUAGGAAAAGAUGAGGAACACCUCGUUGUUCUCUACUUCCAAGGAAACGCUUCGUCAAUGCCACCACGGUUACCAUUUCUCUCUGAUACUCUGAAUCUAGUACAAAAAUCACUAAUAGCAAAAGCCACACAUAAUACGUCCAUGAAGAUUUCACUCGUGGCAUUAUCUUAUCGCGGUUACUGGAAAUCUCACGGUCGUCCUUCAGGAAAAGGUAUUGAGCUCGAUGCCCAGGCUGGGCUUCAAUGGAUUCUGCAGAAUUACAAAAAUGCAAAGACGCUCAGAAUUGUUCUCUGGGGCCAAAGCAUUGGUGGCGGUGUUGCUACCACCACAGCGGCACAUUACCUUGAAUCGAAAAACCUAAAGGACCCAAAGCCACUGUUGAUCACCGGAAUGAUUCUCGAAACCCCAUUCACAAGUGUGCGAGACCUCCUUGUAGCUUUCUACCCCCAAAAGUGGCUUCCUUAUAGAUACCUUACACCCUUUUUGCGUUCUCACUGGGACAGUGAAGAUGCAUUGAGGCGUAUUGCCAACACCAACGACAGGCAAAAGCCCAAGGUGCUUCUUCUUGAGGGAGGGAAAGACGAGAUAGUACCUCAAGGACAGGCAAAGAGAUUGGAAGAUCUCUGUACAUCACUUCAUCUACCUGUAAAACGAGUGACUGUUGCAGGAGCCCUUCACAAUGAAACCUCUAUUAAAUAUGAGGGUAGGAAAGCAAUAGCCGGAUUCUUGCUCAGACAAAUCGACUGUGAAGCGUGACUGGCUUUAUAACUUU